GUUUCUUUUUCUUAUUGCGAUGGCAAGCCUUGCUUCUUUUGGGGACAAGUCUAUAGAAAAGGACAUCUAUGCUGGUAUUGUUACUAGCCUCACCUUCCAUAACGACUCUAUAUUGUUAGUUGGCCACGGCCCCUUUUUAAAAGUAUAUAAUGUUCGAACGGGAAAUUUGUUGACCAACAAAUGCAUUUUGCCCGCAAACCGUAUUCAUCGGAUUGUUCUCGCACCUCAUGUUGUGAAUAACAAUGAAAUGGAAAUAAGACAACUUGCUGUAUUUGGAUCAAAAUUCAUCUCGAUCCUUGAACUGAAAACAAACCAACAAGAGGCACAUAUUAGCAUCAGACAAUCUAUUGGGCCUUUCAAAGAUUGGAUCAUGGAUGCACAAUGGUUUUAUGACGAUCAAGAGAGAUCUCAUCCAACCAAGAUGACACUUGUCUAUGGUCAUAACAAUGUCGAGAUUUAUGACUUCAAGUCUUCCAUACCUAAAUUGUUAUACUCAGCACAAUGUGAAGUUCGAUGUAUCUUAUAUUCGGCCAGAAUUUAUGGACAUUCAGCUGAAACAUUGAUUAUUGCUUCAGGCACUGUAUUUAAUCAAGUGCAUCUUUGGAAACCACAUGAAAAGAAUGAACAAGACGAUGCUGUUGUAUAUAAACAGUUAAUUGGUCAUGAAGGUGUCAUUUUUGGUGUACGAUUCAAUCAAGAUGCUAGUCAAAUCAUUAGUGUAUCUGACGAUAGAACUAUUCGACUUUGGUCGCUCAAUGAUGAAAAAAGCAAACCUCUCGUUUUAUUUGGCCACACAGCUCGAGUAUGGGAUUGUCAAUUUGUGGAUGAUUAUCUUGUCAGUAUAUCCGAAGAUUCAACAUGUCGAGUCUGGAGGAAUUCCCUUAAUGCAAAUGAAGACGAUGAGGACGAUGGAGACUGUAUUGCCUGUUGGGAAGGUCAUGCCAGUAAAAAUGUAUGGAGCUGUGCUAUCAAUCCUGAAAACAAAAUUGUAGCCACAGGAGGACAAGAUUCUGGUAUUCGUUUAUGGUCCUUGAGUUCUAUUAAAAACAACAAGAUUGACUCAGAAGAUGACUUGGUGGCUUUCCCAUUGCCACAAGAUAGAAAUAAGGAUAAUAUCCGUAAUUUUGUGAUUACAAAAGACAGGUGUAUUAUUGCUGCUACAACUGAAGGAUACCUUUUAAAAUGCAAUGCUACAGAACUGCCUUAUGCAUGGAAAGAAAUACAACAUGAUGAGUCCUAUAGAAAUUAUGCCAUCAUGAAAAACUCAGACUGUGGAAGAGUCGUUGUUGUGGGCAACAUCUUUGGCGAUCUUGUCAUCAUUAGUCCUGCAGAUGCAUUCGAGCCUUUUAAAAUUACUGCUCAUAAGCAAAAGUUAUUUGAAAUUUUUAUUGAACCUUCAUCAGAUGAAAAUAUUCUCUAUGUGGUCUCCAAUGGAUACAAUGACAGUGUGUUAUUCCAUCGCCUAGAUUUGUCUGGAGACAAGCCUGUUAUUCAAACACUGUUUGAUUUAGAAAUGCCUGCUGAACGAACCACAGUCAUGUCACUGGGAUAUGCUGAAGAUAAAAAGAUUCUGAUUUGUGGAUCUAGAGAAUCUGCACUGUUAGUAUAUCGUCUUCCUUGUCAUACCACUGUUCCUGAAGGCAAUAUCAUCAAUUUGAAGCCAGCACUGCAACUAAGACGGUCUCAUGGCAAACAAGCCAUUACAAGUGUAUUGAUAAAAAAGACUAUGGAUUCUUUAGACGAAGAAGACAGUAUUGUUUUUUGGACAACAGGACGUGAUGGAUGCUAUAUUCAGUACAGACUUGGCUUAUUACACAGUACUGAUGAGCAAGUUCAAGAAACUCAAUCUGGUAUUGCUAGUCAAGGAGAUAUGACGCUUUCGGGACAUGAUAUGAUUCUUGAAAAGCUGUAUAGAAAUCGAGUGACAAAGGGUACUUUGGAAGGAUCGUUGAUAUUGGAUGGUGAGCUCUUAUUGAUGGGGUUCUUUCGAAAGAAUUUCUUUAUUUAUAACGAAAAGAAGAACUUUGUUAUGGUUGCUAUCAAUUGUGGUGGAGGACAUCGACGUUGGGGGUUUAACACACUAGAUGUUAAGCUCAACAAAUCUUCUUUUGCAUUUAUCCGUAAAGAAGUCUUGUAUGCUUACCUCCGAGAUACUUCCAGUACAACAGAUGGCUUUAAUGAUAGCAUUCUUCAAACCAAUUACCAUGGGCGUGAAGUACGUGCUAUUCGAUUUCUCCCUUUGUUGUCUGACAGUCAUUCUUUAUUGUUUGCUACUGGUGGCGAGGAUACUAUUCUUCGUAUUCAACAAUAUAUGCCUCAAUACGCAAACAAACUCUAUACACAUGUCAACAUCCGUAAACAUACUACUGUUAUCAAGAGUAUUGAUUUCAGCCAGGGCAUAUCUUCCUUGUUGUUUUCGAGUGGUGGCCUUGAAGAGCUUCGUUGUUGGAAAGUAGAAGCGCAGCCUUCCAAAACUCCUGGUGGAAUUGUUAGUCUCAACUGCCUUGAGGUAGCCACUUGCCCUGCACUCUCUGAAGAUAUUGAAACAAGAAUCAUGGACACCACUGCGUUUGCUAUUGAUUCUAAGCGUGGUUUGCAUAUCAUUGGUGCUGUUUAUUCUGAUGCCAUGAUUCGAUUUUGGUUGUUUAAUGAAACCACACGUAAAUUUUCAUUGAUUGCAGAUGGUACAUGGCAUGCCAAAUGUAUCUUACAGAUCACACAUGUCAAGCGUGAGGAUGGCAUUUAUUUCUUUACUUCAGCUACAGACGGAAGAGUAGCUGUCUGGGAUAUCAGUGAUGACCUUUAUACUGCUAUUACAAGCAAUGAACAGCUAGAAAUUGAGCCUACAAAAGCAGCAUUCAGACUGUCUGAACCUGCCUUUCAUUACAGUGUGCACAUGUCUGGUGUUAACGCGCUUGAGACAGUCCUGUUUGGCAAAGAUGUUCUUGUUGUGACUGGUGGGGAAGACAAUGCAGUGUCAAUAGCUAAGAUAGAAAUUAAUGAUCAAUAUGUUCAAUUGAUUGGGAAGCCUUUUAUUGUCCCUCAUGCACAUGCGUCUUCUGUUACUGGUAUCAAGUACAUGGAUAAUGCUGUAUUUACGACAUCUACAGAUCAAAGACUCAAUAUAUGGCAUGUUGAUCCUCAAGAAGUAUCGUUAAUAUUAAAGAGUGCAAUGUAUAUGGAUGUUCCUGAUCCUUCUGCAUUGGAUGCUGUUGUUUUCAAUGAUGAUGUCCAUGUUGCUAUUACUGGUGUUGGCCUUCAAAGUAUUAGAUAUCCUCAGCAAAACAAAUAGAAAUAUAAGAUAAAAUAAAA